UGCGGCUCGUCGGCGCUAAAGAUGGCCGGAGAUGGAGGCGCUGCGAAGGAUCUCAAUGAGAUCAAGUCCCAGUUCCGGACCCGGGAGGGGUUCUACAAGCUGCUCACCCUGUCGGACUCGCAGCAGCGAGGCGGGCUGCCCCGGGCUCCGGCCGCUGGAGGCCCGCUGGGCCCCGGGCCCGGAGCCGGUCCGGUGCCGGGCGGAGGGGUCGGGCUGCUCCCGGGCCCCGGGGCUGCUGCCGCCGCCUCCUCCUCCUCCGGCGCCGCGGCGGCCAGCUCCUCCCCGGGGGGCUUCCUGCCGCCGGUCCGGGUCUCCAUGGUGAAGCUGCAGCCCGAGGACCCGGGCGAGGAGUCCGAGAGAGUCUGCUUCAACAUCGGCCGAGAGCUUUACUUCUACACCUACACCAACAUCAAGAAGGCUGUGGACCUCAGUAAGCCGAUAGACAAGAGGAUCUACAAGGGGACCCAGCCCACGUGUCACGACUUCAACCAGUACUCGGCCACAGCGGAGAGCGUGGCUCUCAUCGUCGGCUUCUCAGCCGGACAGGUCCAGUACCUGGACCCCAUCAAGAAGGAAACCAGUAAACUCUUCAAUGAGGAGAGGUUGAUCGACAAAUCCAAGGUGACGUGUCUCAAAUGGCUUCCCAAGUCAGAGAACCUGUUCCUGGCCUCGCACGCCAGCGGCCACCUCUACCUCUACAACGUGGACCACCCGUGCGGCACCACGGCCCCCCAGUACUCUCUGCUGCGGCAGGGCGAAGGCUUCUCCGUCUACGCCUGCAAAACCAAGACGCCGCGCAACCCGCUGCUGCGCUGGGCCGUGGGUGAGGGCGGCCUCAAUGAGUUUGCCUUCUCCCCGGAUGGCGUCCACGUGGCGUGCGUGGGCCAGGACGGCUGCCUGCGCGUCUUCCACUUUGACUCCAUGGAGCUGCAGGGGGUGAUGAAGAGUUACUUUGGGGGGCUGCUCUGCGUGUCCUGGAGUCCGGACGGGAAAUACCUGGCCACGGGCGGCGAGGACGACCUGGUGACCGUCUGGUCGUUUGCAGAAAGCCGCGUGGUCGCUCGGGGGCACGGCCACAAGUCCUGGGUGAAUGUGGUGGCGUUCGACCCCUUCACGACCUCCCUGGAAGAUGACGAGCCGAUGGAGCUCAGCGGCAGUGAGGAGGACCUCCACCAGGCGGCGCCAAACAACACCAUGCACUUCGGCCGGGUCCGGACCAGCAGCACGCUGUCGCGUCUCUCUCGUCACAGCUCGAGGGGGGGGGGCACGCCGUCGGUCACGUACCGGUUCGGCUCGGUGGGGCAGGACACGCAGUUCUGUCUGUGGGACCUGACGGACGACGUGCUGUUCCCACGGUUACCGCUGUCCCGCGCCUUCACCAACACCUUCGGACCCUCGCUGUCCAACUCCGGCAGCGUGGUGGUCAACAGCACCUCAGGUGGGGGGGGGAGUGGAGCGGUGGAGGGGCACCAUCACCCCCCUAACACCAACACCGGCACCGCCAACCCACCGACACUCCCCUUACCGCUCCCCCGCUCCCUCUCACGCUCCAACUCGCUGCCCCACCCGGCCGUGGCCAACGCCUCCAAGGGUCCGGGCGCCUCGGAGGGCAGCGCGGCCGGCGGGGGGGGGGGAGGGAGCAGCGGCGGAGGGAACAUCACCCCGUUCAGUAUCGGCCGCUUCGCCACGCUGUCGCUCCACGAGCGCAAGUCGGACAAGUCGGGGGGCAGCGGGGGGGUGGAGAAGGAGCACAAGCGGUACCACAGCCUCGGCAACAUCAGCAAGAGCAACGACAAGAUCAACGUGGCGCCGAGGAGCAACCGCCUGGACGCCGCCAAGGUCCUGGGCACCACGCUGUGCCCGCGCAUGCACGAGGUGCCGCUGCUGGAGCCGCUGGUCUGCAAGAAGAUCGCCCACGAGCGUCUGACGGUGCUGGUGUUCAUGGACGACUGCAUCAUCACCGCCUGCCAGGAGGGGCUGAUCUGCACCUGGGCCCGGCCCGGCAAGACGAACCUGCCAGCACAGAACGGGAACUCUCCCAGCGGCACCGUGGUAUAGCUGCAGGAGAAGCUCUGCACUCAUCCCUCCCUCCACCUCCUCCCUCGCUCUCAGCCGUCUUCUUUUCUAUCCGACGCUUCUCUCCAUUCCUCCUCCAACAUGUCCGACACACUUUAGUAUUAAAC